AUGGCUGUGGCAGCAAUAACCAUGAUGACCAUCCUGUGUCUGAGCAUCUUUCUCGCUGGUCAUGCGCUGGCCGCAUCCACAUCCAUAUCCACAUCCAUGUCGACACCCGCCGGAGGAGUACAAGGACGAGCACAGCGGAUCGCCGCGUGCAGGGAGCUCUGCUACCGCCAGUCCAUGCCAGUGAUCACACCACCGCUUCUCUGCCGAUCCCGGCCAGAGUGCUACAUGUGCCACGACUACUGCCGCGUCCUCGACGUUGUGCAGCGCAGUCUGGCCACCUCCAUGUGCGCGGAUCGGGAGUUCUGCACCCGCGGCUGCCGAGUGGCCUGCUCGUACCACCGCCUGCGGAUAUUCCAGUUGCCCCAGGACGCGGCUGCCAAUGCGGUGACCAAACAGUGA